AAGUUGAACAUUUUUAUUCAAUUUAAUAAUUUAUGAUUCUGUAACAUCUUUGUCUCUUAAUUAAAAAUGCUGAAAGGUUGCUCAAAUUAUUUCGUCGAAUUUGAACAUAACCUUAAUUUUUAUAUGCAAACAUUUUUAACUCUGAAUAAAACUGCUUUACUAUUGUAUUAUAGUUGUACAGAUAUCGGCGUCGAAGUUUUGUCAAAGAACGAUCCGCAACUUGAUGAUAAAUAAAAUAACAGUAUUUUGUAAUUCGUGGUGGAAAAAGUAAAAAUACCCGGAGUUAUUCAGUCUCUCGUCACUGUAAUUUCGAAAAGUUUGUGACAUAACCUAACUUGUAAGAUAAUAAUUUUACUUGCAAUCUAUUUUUGCUUUUUUCCAACGUCGUUUUGAGUAAUAAUUAAAGAGAAAUGGGUAAAGCAAUGUCUGCGAUGACGAGGCCUUUGAAAACAUUCAAUAUCGAAAAUCGUGCUCGAAAAGUUAUAAGUCAAGAUAAACCAGUUCCUGCUCCCACUUUCAAAAGCACACAGAAGCAACUGGAAGUUGCAAAAACAAUCAAUCCAAGUUUCAUGGAGGAACACUAUAAAAAAGAUCCCAAACUUGACCAACGGUUGAAAAACGUUUAUGUCAGCUCACAGGAUAUUCCACUUUCUGAGCAAGAACUCAAUCCAGAGAGGCCAUUACCCAAGCUAACAAGUAUGGUGAACGAGUUUGAAUAUGGUUUCUGGGAGCCAGAGGAAGCAUCAGAAGGUCGUUGCACUCUUCGGAUGGUUUUGAAUCUUUUGACAGAUCAUAUGAAUGAUCCAGAGAAAAAUUCAGCCCAAGAAAUGGCAACAAAAUACAAAUUGAAUGAGAAAGACGUUGUUAACCUCACGGAGUAUUUUAGAGUAUACAAAGUGGCUAUGCCACAACAUGAAAAGAUGGAUAUUUCUUGUCCGGAAAACAUGAAACUACCAAAAAAUAUGGAAGAAAAAAUACGCAAAAAUGAAUAACAAAAAGGAAAAACCAUUUCUAGGAACAAACUAUUUGAUAAUUACCAAAUUAUACAAUUCUGUACAAUUAUCAAUCUCAUGUUGUAAAUAUUAUAAUAAAAAAUAGUAGAACGAA